UCAUGGCAUCUGCUGUUGUUGCUGGUGCUGCUUCCUCUUCUUGCUCUGUUUCUUACUCAAGAAAUCUUAGCAUCACCAAAUCUAAUUCCUCUAUCCCAUCUCUCAAGUCAUCCACCACUCCAUCCCAGAAAACUAGUUUUCAAGGGCUAUCAUUACAAGAGGCCAAAAGGGGUGUUUCGAAUACGUUCUUAGGCGCGGAGAGUAAGAGGAAUGGUACUAGCAAUGGUGGAAGUAGAGGCCUUGAGAUUACUGCAAGAAAAGCAGCUGCUGCGAAGAAUAUCGAAGUUGAAGUUGAUAAGCCAUUGGGACUCACUUUAGGUCCAAAGCAAGGUGGUGGAGUUCUCAUUACGGGUAUAGAGAAUGGCGGUAAUGCUGCAAGGGCAGGGCUUAAGGUUGGUGAUCAAGUAGUCUACACAAGUAGCUUCUUCGGUGACGAACUGUGGCCAGCUGAUAAGCUUGGAUUUACGAAAACAGCCAUACAGGCGAAGCCUGAUUCUGUCUACUUCGUCAUUAGCAGAGGUGCUGAUGUAGAUGUUAAAAGAUUGCCCAAGCGUCCUGCUCCUCCUCAAUUUGGAAGGAAAUUAACUGAUGCUCAAAAGGUCAGAGCAACACACAUUUGCCUCGACUGUGGUUACAUAUACACCUUGCCUAAGUCUUUCGAUGAACAGCCGGAGGACUAUGCAUGUCCACAAUGCAUAGCACCAAAGAAGAGGUUUGCAAGAUAUGAUGUUAACACUGGGAGAGCAAUUGGAGGAGGAUUGCCACCAAUUGGUGUCAUUAUUGGUCUCAUUGCUGGUAUUGGUGGUGUUGGAGCAUUACUAGUUUAUGGUCUUCAGUAACAUCUUUUAUCAAUUCAAAAUUUUCCUCAUGAUUUAUUAUACCUUUAAAAGUGUUACUUAAAUGCUUGUGCUUAUAUAAUUACACGUUCUUGAAA